CGGCAUGGUAAGGCUGCGGGGCGGGGGGGCGCCCUCCGCGCCGCGCUCUCACGCUCCUCUCUCCGUCUCUCGCAGCCCCUCUCCGCCGGAGCCCCGCGGCGCCCUCCGCUGAGGAUCCCUCCGCGCUCCAUGGGGCGCUGAGCCCCUCGCCUCCCCCCCCCGCCCCCUCCGCCCCGCCAUGGGGCCGCGGCACCUGCUGCUGCUGCCGCCGCUGCUGCUGCUGCUGCUCGCCCCGCGGCCGCCCCCCGCGCUGCCCGCCGCGCCGCCCCGCCACAAGGGCAACCGCACGCAGGGGGCGGCGGCGCGGCGGACCCCGAGGCCGGGCAAGGAGCCGCUGAACCAGACCGUAGCGGCCGCGCUGCCCUCGGCGCCGCCCGGGCGAGGGAAGGCGGCGGGGGGCGGCUCGGCCCCGGCGUACGAGACCUGCUGGGGGUACUACGACGUGAGCGGGCAGUGGGACAAGGAGUUCGAGUGCAACAACAGCCUGACGGGCUUCCGCUACUGCUGCGGCACCUGCUUCUACCGCUUCUGCUGCAACAAGCGAGCCGAGAAGCUCAACCAGAGCCUGUGCCGCAACUACAAGAGCCCCGAGUGGGCGCACCCCACCACGGCCGGCGGGGCGCUGCCCGCGGACGGCGGCGACGGCGGCGACGGGGACGCCGACAAGUACGACCCGGACAAGGACAGCACCAACGCCACCGUCUACAUCUCGUGCGGGGCCAUCGCCUUCGUGCUCAUCGCCGGGGUCUUUGCCAAGGUGGCCUACGACAAGGCGAGGCGGCCGCCCCGGGAGAUGAACAUACACAGGGCUCUGGCUGACAUCUUAAGGCAGCAGGGACCAAUCCCAAUAGCACACUGUGAAAGAGAGACUAUCUCGGCCGUAGAUACCUCCCCCAAAGAAAACACCCCCGUCAGGACAUCUUCCAAAAACCAUUAUACCCCUGUGCGCACCUCCAAAAGCAACCCAGGUCCCUAUGGAAAGGAUAUUUAUCGAAGCGGAGGGCCAGAUCUCCAUAAUUUCAUCUCCUCCGGGUUUGUCACAUUAGGAAGAGGACACACGAAGGAUGACCAAGAACAAAAUUAUAAUCACCUGAUACUAAACAGUGCCACCCAGACACCUACACAUGACAAGCCACGAAUGAACAACAUCCUUACUUCUGCCACCGAACCCUACGAUCUGUCCUUCUCCCGGUCGUUCCAGAACCUCUCUCACCUCCCACCAUCCUAUGAGUCUGCCGUCAAGACAAACCCAAGUAAAUAUUCUUCUCUGAAGAGACUAACUGACAAAGAGGCUGAUGAAUACUACAUGAGGAGGAGACACCUGCCUGACCUGGCAGCCCGGGGCACACUCCCUAUCAAUGUCAUCAAAAUGUCUCAACAGACCAACCACAGGGACAGGCCCCGCCGUCCCAUCAGGGCCAUGUCCCAGGACAGAGUGCUGUCUCCUGAGAGGAUCAUGCCCGAGGAGUUUAGCAUGUCCUAUGAACGGAUCCUCUCAGACGAGCAGCUUCUGUCUGCAGAGCGCCUCCACUCCCAAGACCCCCUGCUCUCCCCGGAGCGGUCGGGGUACCCCGAGCAGUCUAUGUCACGGGCAUUGUCACACACAGACGUCUUUGUAUCAACACCUGUCUUGGAUCGCUACAGGAUGACAAAAAUGCACUCCCAUCCUAGUGCCUCAAAUAACUUGUACAAUACCUUAGGUAUGAACCCAACCUCCGCCAAGCGCCAAGCGUUCGCCUCCCGACGGCACAACACGGUAGAACAACUGCAUUAUAUUCCAGGACACCACCAUCACUAUCGCACAGCGAGCAAAACAGAGGUGACUGUUUGAUAUGACCUCGUGCAUUGUAGAUAUUCAUUGAGGACUGGGGUGGCCACAGCACCCCAUACUGCAGUGGCCUUAUCGGCCAAGGUAACCUCUAAUAACUCAGUGUCUGAAAAGACUUCUCUGACGGUCCCAUCCACGUUGUUGUUUUUAAAUCCACCCCUUCAUUGGUGACAUAAGAAGAACCCAAGCAAGCAAACAGAUGAUAGGGAGGAUAAUAGAGGAAAUUUCCUGACGUGCAUCAGUUUCUGUCAAAGAAAGCCAUAGUACUAGAUGGCUCCUUCCAAGGGCUCAUCAACAUUAUCUCAUCAUUUUUAUGAGUUUAGGACUUUUCAGUUGCUACAAGUAGAAGCGUUCUCAUGAAGCCCAAGACAGGGAGGAGGAAAUGCGGCACCCCGUCCUAGCAGGAAGGGGCCCUGUUCUUGAUCCUCAUGCCAACUCUUAUGUUUGGUCUCUCUGUAGCAAGAAGGUGAGCUUCUGGCUGCUGGGGAUCCCCUCCAGACUGCUUGAUAUCAGCCAGCACCCAUACAGCUGUUCUUCCUCACCCUUGGAGCCAAUUCAAGGGCAGACUUUCCUAGGGGACUGGCAGAUCUAGGGACAAGAAUAGCCUCGCUGAGAAAUCAAGUUUUAGUUUAUAUUAAAUAUACUCAUAAGAUACAAAUAUACUAGUGCCUACAAAUCGCCUGCUCUCUCAGUGUAGGAAGUAGUGGGGCUGAUGUGUUCAAUAAGCACAAAUAUACUGAAAUGCUUGUUAGACCCUUUUCUCCACUCAUUCUAGUAUCUUGGUGUCUGUAAAUAGGAAGGAGGAAUAGGGUUUCUCCUCCUCCAGCUUCUUGCCACUGCUGAACCUCAAGCACCACGAUGCGUUCAGCUUCGCACUGCUGACCUGUGCUGGGGGAAGUCCUAACUCCACCGAGACCCCUGCAAGGCAAGGCAAGGCUAUCACAUAUUUCACCAAGCCUGGAUUUCUCCCCAGAAUUUUAUUUUCCUGACAGCAUUUUCCACUGGCCCAGAUUCCCUGUUUCUGAACAUAUUUCCUCCUCUCAGUUACAACCUAUGAGAUAACUCCAUAUGUAGCAAAUCUUUUUCUAGCCCUCAGCUGAAGCGCAGACCUGAGGGUGUCUGUCUACCGAAAAGCAAGUCGGUAAUUUUCCACGAUUCUCUCUCCAUGUAAUGCCACCCCCCCCAAGAAAAACCUUCCAAAUUCCAGCUCCAUUGAGUACUAAUCCUAACCAUGAAGACAGUUACAUUUCAUGCAUAUAAAUUAUAUAUCCAGCAUAAUUAUACUAAAUGGGCAUGUUGUAUAUCUGAUAUAAUGCUAAUUAGAUACUGUAUAUUUGUAAAAUCUUUGAAAUGUAUACUCAUGGGUCCAGAAUUUGUGAGGGUUUUAUCUUUGGCUUUCUAGCCAGAGUGGGCUUUGCUUUAUUUUUUAUUGAUUUUGCGUUUGUUUUGGAUAUUUUUUUCCUUGCGUUUGUUUUCCUAUCAAAUUCUGUAGAAUGAACUUGCACUAGAACAUCCUUCUGUGGCCAAAAAGGGGUCUCAGAAGGUUUUGAAGGCCAACCAGACCCAGUGCUGUAACGGUUACUACUGGACACUCUCCAGCACUCACCCUCCAUGCUGUGCGCUCCAAGCCCCACCACAUUCCCACACCCAUGCUGCCAAUCCGAAUGGCAGCCAUGCUCCCUCCUCCUUUGUGAUACCCGAAUUCAGGCUGCAGACAUUCUUGUUCAGCACCUCUCUAUCGCUGUCUUACAUUCCUGCACUAUUUUCCUUCAUGGCUCUUCAUUAAACUGUAUUUAAAUUAGCUCUGCCCUUCUUCCUGCCCUCAGAUACCUCCCACCUCCUGGCCUUAAGGAUGUUCCCAGCUCAACACGUCAGCCCUGUAGCACACAAUGAUUGCAGGCUUGUUGCAAGCUCGAGUCUUGUGUGAAGGCUUAUAGUGCAAUAUUAGGUUUUUCUGGUGCAGGGUACGCAGGAGGAACAUUCUGUCUUCCCCCAGUGGGAUUUAGAGCUAGACCUCAGUGGGGUGGCCAUGUGGCCUUUCUCUUUCCCAGACUGUCCUGGGGCUGCUGGUCCUAACUCAUGAGCUUUCUUCUGCCCCACCUGAUGGAGACUGUGUUCAGAAAGGACUCCCAUCUGUGAGAAGUACUGGGGCUUUGUUUGACGGAAACUGAGCUGGGCAGGAAUAAAGAAGAGUUUCCAUUGUUCGGAUCGUCAUUACCACACCGCCUCGGGCCAACUCAUUCUGGGCAACAACCCAAAUUGCCUAUGGAUCAGGGUGGCCGUUCAUGACAUGGGAAGGAUGUGAGAGAAAAAGCUCGCACCUCAUGUCCUGACCCCUUCCCUUGAUGGACACUUCUCUCCCCUGACUACCUCCAAGCUCCUCAGCUCAGUCACUGGAUAUUUCUUCACAGAAGGAGAUCCCUGUGGAAAUAUUGCCCUUGCUGACCUUCCCACAGACUGCAGCUUGUGACUCUUGAGAAGAGAAAAGAAGCGCAUAUGGCUGAUGGGGAGGCAGUCCCUGCUGAGAUUGUGGGGCUCUUCCAUUCUCUCUUGGCCCAAGAAAAGCCAGGAUCUUCCCCUCUGCAAGCAGGGAGACGUGAACACUGUGGGAGAGGAGAGUCCACCCAAGAGUCUGCAAGAGUUGAGGUGGCAGAGGUGGAGGAGAAGAAGUGAGCAUGUGAGGCCACUGGUAGGUGAACACUCCUCUCUUUCCAUUUCCAUAGCUGUAUGUCUCGGGCUCUAGUCUUGAUCUAAAUGUUCUCUUCAUGAGCUAAGAAGCUGCUGGACGAGAUGCAAAUAUGGAAAUUUUCACUCAAGUAGCCGAUGCAGAUGCUGUGCUCCAGGCUGUUUGACCUCAGAGCCUUCUCACGUUCUAACAAAUAUCACAGGCGCUCUGCUAACUUGUCCUACUUGGGCAAUAAUCCUCCAAAGCAAUCUUAGCCCUACUUCCUCAUCUUUUGCAUCCACUCAACGGUUUCAAGCAGAUGUAUCCCACAAGAGCCACCAAAAAGCCUUUCUAGGCCAAAUCCCUUCAGGAACUCUGAUACCACCAGAGAAAAUUUUCAGCAGAUUUCUUUGGGAAAGCAUCAUAUCUUGGAUGACCACAAUUUGUUCCUGGACACCAGGUGUUCCCAUGGCUUGCUUUGUGUGCUGAAAUGGGUUGAUAGCUAAAGCAGUGGCAUUUCAGCACACACAGGUGUUCUCACAUCAUUUUUACUUCUUCUUCAUUCUAAGAGUUUGCUACUGAAAGGACACUUAGUCCAGGACGUUCCCCGUGGUCAAUAUGUGAUGAUGGCAGCACGUUUGUAAUAUGGUAACACAUUCAUACUCCACAGAGGCAUUAUGACAGUUCAUAUCAUGUCUAUAGAGUGCUUUGAGACCCUCCUACAACAGUAGAACAGUAAAGCAUUUUUAUGAAUAUUAUUUGUCACCAUUGUCCUGGCACAUCCCAUCUGAUGUGUUGCAAUCCAGUGUCCAUCCAGAAUGUGAGUGCUGGGAUCGGGUGAUGCGGUUUCCUAGAUUUCUGAUUGCUCUCCUUCUGGUCAGGGUCCUUAGGAGGCAGCGGCUCUAAGGGAUGCUGUCAUCUGCACUUUGACCUUUCUGCUUUCUUCUCUUCAUGUCUGAGUCGCCAUAACACUCUGCACUCAGGAGAAAAGUGGGAAGCAGUCACAUUCCUCUGUACAGUAAAAUAUAAUCCGCCUUGAUUAGUCUAAUAUACUCAGAAGAAUUAUCUGUCUUUUUCUCCAACCCACAGGUGGAAACACACAUCUGUGUAGCUUCUGGUUCCCAGAGUGCAUGAGCAGGGACUGGAGGAGGGUGAUGUAGAAGAGCUUGUAUGAUUUCCUACAAACUGAUAAUUAUUUGCGUUCCCCAAGCAGCAACACUGAAUAGUGAGCUGCCCUGGGGUUUAUAUAACUCUCUCAUUAGUACGGAUACAUGUAUGUAUAUGUGUAUACACACACAGACAUAGUUAUACAUACAUGCUCUAAAAGGCAGUCAUUAAGUUCUGACCCACCCUGUACCAAUCUAAGCUUCCAAACUGUAUGGAACCACGCUUUGAAAUGUGGGAAACUAUUUUUAAUGAUCCUCGUAGAUCACCACAUGGAAUGGAAAUCUUGUCAUAAGAGGUUUCUAAUGCCAGUAAAUCACAUUUUAAGGAAAAUUGAAAUAUUUUUCAAUGUUUUAAAGUUCCUUUUAUAAAUGCUGAUCUGUUAUUUGCAGGUUGGGGUGGGUGGGUGAGAAGAAACAGGGACAAUUACCUGGGAGUAAGCCCUCCUUUCCUGGCCUAGAUUUAAUUUCUGCCAGUUGCAAAGUUGGUACUACCAACCCAAGCUUCCCGCAUGCAUCUUUCUGUUCUUGUGUCUAGCAGAAGCAUUGCCACCAAGAAUCUACAAGAGCUUGGCAUCAAGUUUUUGUAAGAGAUGGGUAGUUUCUGGUAGCUGGGAAGCUGUCUUCACCUUGUUCCACCACAGCAAACAAAACCAUCAUGAAACAGGGUAACUUUAGUCGUAUUUGAAGUAAGUGUUCUGAUUUGUGACCAAUUUGCCAUCUUCAUUUCAUGUGAUGGAGAAAUAGCUUGUCUUAGUUUUGUUUCAGAUUUAGUGCUUAAUCUUAGAAGGAGGGACUCUGCUGGAAUAUAUUUACCACCGGUUUCAUGUUCAAGUGUAUUUCAGAGGAGUGAGAAGAUGGUAGAAAGGAGGUUAAAUAUUUUCAUAACCAGUGUUGUUAGCAAUAAGCUUGCAUGGGGCUGCUUCUUAGAGAGCGGCCACUUGUGUGUUCUAUGUCCACAAGCGGAUGGUAGAAGGUAUCAUUCCCAGCCUCUCUUAGCUGGUUCAUGGCUGUCAAGGAGGUGCCCUCACCAAGCUCAAAACCCAGCUGGAAAAACCAACCUACGCUUCACCCACUGGGGGCAACGGGAGAGUUGGACGAUCCUGUUCAGUCCUGUUAGCGUAAAUGUGAAAGAGAUCUCUGCUCUCAGCAGCGAGCAAAGUGGCGUCUUGUGUCUCCACUGUGACUGCACGAUGUUCGGGAAGUCUCCAUCCCCAUCACCUUCUGCCACAGGGAGCGUGCUCCACACCACCCUGCCCCUCUGCCCAUGUGCUUCGUACCAGCUCCCGACCUUCUGUCUGCAAAACCGUUCGACAUUUUUUGUAGCAAGAAUUUCUUGGCUCUGAGAAAGACACUUCUUACUGUAAUAUUUUUAGUUUUGGGGGACAAUAUUUCCUAAGAGGGGUUAAGUGGAUAUUUUUGUGCUUUAGCCCAGUUUAUGGAUUCCAUGUUUAUUAUACGGUAGUACUGAAAAGGAAGUACAUUUGUAUCUGUAACUUUGCACAGACUCUUGGUUAACCAUUAAACAAGCUUCAAGAUGAGCAGUAUUUGACUGUUUUUCUCUGUAUUAUUCUUGUUGUAAUACUUACCUGUAAAAGCACAUUCUGUAUGUACUGUAAACAAAAAUAUUAUCAGUUUAGUAAAAUUUAGAGUCUUAAGGGUUUUUCCACUUUUGUCAGUAACUAUUUAUGGAUUAAAAAAUAAAGGCAAUUUC